GUUUGAAACAUGAUGUGCUUAAAGUUAUGAGCAUUUAAAUAAGCUUCUCACACGACACGUACUACAGUUCGCGGCACUUACUUAUAUGGAUAUAAACCUAAAUCUAAUCUAUAUAAAAACGCAAGUAUUAAAUGUAAAUAAUGAAAUAGUUCGCUAAUUCUUUCGUAUUUCUUAUUGAAAAGUAUGUGUAUUGAUGCUUCAUUUGAAAGUUUUUUUUUUUUUUUAUCGAAAAUUAAGGAUACAUAUAUUAACAAUGAGAAGAAAAAGCUUUAUUUGAAAGUUAGUGUACCGCAUUUGUGUCUGGCAUUCUGUGCGGACAUCCCGCCUCAUUAUCAGGACCCCAGCCAGGCAAGAUGGCGGCGCCCCACCAAAUCGCCGGGGAGUUUGAAAACUGGCUGAACGAGCGGUUGGACUCCCUUGAAGUAGACCGAGAAGUUUACGGAGCAUAUAUACUCGGAGUGCUUCAGGAAGAGGAAAAUGAUGAAGAGCAGAAGGAUGCUCUUCAGGGCAUUCUCUCCGCUUUUCUGGAAGAAGACACGCUUGAAGAGGUUUGCCAGCAGAUCCUAAAACAGUGGACUGAGUGUGGCAGCAGAUCUGCAGCGAAGAAUCAGACAGAGGAUGAGGUUCAGGCCAUUGCCAGUCUGAUAGAGAAGCAGGCACAGAUUGUGGUCAAACAGAAGGAGGUGUCAGAGGAGGCCAAGAAGAGGAAAGAGGCUCUACUGGCUCAUCUCUCUCAAGCUCACGGUUCAGCUGAUCCAGUGUGGAGCAGUUUCCUUAACGUUUGUACUGAAGAUGAGGAGGAGGAACAAACCGCAGUGGGAAUACCCAUUGAAAAAUCCCUGUUCAAAAACACCAAUGUCGAGGAUGUUUUAAACCGCCGCAAACAGCAGCGUGACCAGGCCAGAGAGGACGCACAGAAGAAGAAAGAACAAGAUAAGAUGCAACGCGAGAAAGACAAGCUGGCCAAGCAGGAGCGCAAGGACAAAGAGAAGAAACGCACACAGAAAGGAGAGCGCAAGAGAUAGAGGGGAAAUAGAAAAAACUUUGCAGACUAUAUAAUGCCAAGGUCAUUUACCUAGAAGAGAUAAAACAAUGAGACCUCAGCAGACAAUGUCCCAAACAAACAUGUAUGCAUCCAUAUCCAGUUUUGGGUCUGAUAUAGUGUAUUGAAAGAUAAUGUUGGGCCUAAUGAGCUGUUUUCUUGUACAAAACUAAUCGCAAACCAGCAAACUGGGUGAGAAUUAUAUCGUGACACAUUAAUUUCAGAUUUAUUACAGGUGCUGACUGCUGUGCUACUUAUUUAAGGGUAAAUCACACAAAACUGCCAAAACAUGUUCAGGUCACAUUUCAACCCAAAAAUCUAUACAUUUAUAUUUUGUUUAAAGACCCAAUUCUCAUUACUCUAUUUGAAAAAUAUUUAAAUUGUAAAAUAAUUGUAAUGAUAUAUACAAAACAUCUUACUAAUUUUACUUACUAAUACAUCAACGUUUUAUUAAUUCAUUCUCUCGUUUUACUGAAUCAUGGCCACAUUGUAAUAAUUAGUUCCUUUUUUAUAUAUAUAUAUAUAUAUAUAUAUAUAUACAAUUUUUUUUUUUUUUUUUUUUUUGAAUGGUGAAAUGUGACCUUGACAUGUUUCUGUGAGAUUCUCUUUAACAUUUACCAGCAGAUAACUAUCAUGCUUGUGUCUAAAAACAGCAUAACUUCUCUUUUUAUUGCCUUGAGGGACUUUCAAAUAACCUGUGAACCUGUUUUAUAUGUUUUCCAUAAGCUGCUUCUUAGUAGCACUCCAGUGAUUUUUUUUUUUAAAACAGUAACUCAAAUUACAAAAAUAUAUCUAUAUUUAUUCAGCUCACAAGCUUUUUCAGAACAACCUGAAACCAACUGAAGCCUCCUUGUCAUGUAGCAAUAUAUGGAGAGGGCUCAGAGACAACCCAAAGACAGAGAAACAUAACUGCUAAUGAAUAGGCGGGACAUGUGUACCUUUUUUUUUUUUUGUGCUCAAACUAAUAGUGUGGUGGAUGUUUCUGUCUCAGUUGUGGUUUAUUUUUAUUGUAGGACACUGAACCUAAGAGAUGAUCCUAAAGCAAGAAGGGUAUAUGUGUGCAAAUAUAUCAAUUGACAACAGUUCAUUUGAAAGCUGCUACAUAUUGUGCCAAUACCUUGUAGACUGCCUUCUCAUAUACUACAAUGGAUUGCACUGUAGGUAAACUAAUAUCUUUAAACCUUUCUUGUCUGUUUGCUUGUAAGAUCAGGUGAUUUGAGCAUUCUUUAAUCAGAGCAACAAUAUUUAAUAUUUUGUAUGCUAAAAUAUUCCAAAAUUGGUACAAUAAAUUGAGCUGUGUAAAUUAACGUGUUCACUCUUGACUAAUGUGACCAGUCAACUUGAAUCACAGAGAAUGUAGUCAUUUUAUCUAAUACUCUUGGUGUCAUAUAGGUUUUAUACCACAGCCACAAGGUGCUGUUUUAAAUGAGAUGUUGCAAGGCCACUGGUAGAUGAAUUUUUUUUUUUUUUUUUUUUUAUCCCAGAUUUGGUUUGUCCAAAAGAAACAUCAGAAUGAAUCUUCCAUUUAUGCAAUAAGAGCUCUAACUCUUGAAAGCUGAUGACUGGUAAAACUGUUGAACAUUGUUCUCGUCUGUCCAAACACUGCUCUGAUUUUUUAUACAUCAAUACAAUUUAAAUGUUGUAAGGUCAAAUCUGAUUCUUGACCAUAUUCAGGGGUCAAAAUAUGAAAAACAUCCAAAGGAUUUUAUAAUGGAAAUCACCUAGUGAGUUACGCUUUUCAGAAAUUAUGAUAUUUUGUAAUUUGUUGAGCCUAAACUGCUUGAUUUGAGAAAAAAAUAUGGCCUGGUUUCACAAACAGAGUUUAGAUUAAGCCAGGAUUAGGCCUUGGUUCAAUUAGGAUAUUCAAGAAGCUUUUAUAAACAUGGCAUGCCUUAGAAAAAAAAAAAAAAAACAUUACUGGUGUGCAUCUUGAGAUAAAACAAUGGCACCGACAUAUUUUAAGAUAUAUCAGUGCAAGUUGCUUUUAGUUAAAACAGCUCAAACAUACAUUUUAGUAUGAGACUAAGCUUAAGCCUUAUCUGUGAAACCAGGGGUUAAUUUUCUGGGUAAAUAUUUAGGAUUUUCAGGACUGAAUGAAAGUAAGGAACUUGUUUACAAAUGGCUUUUCAUUAUUUAGCCAACCAGCUGUUUUUGGUGAGUUGAUGCCGACACUGUUCUUUUAAAACGUACAUUAUUCCAAGUGAACAGAGAAAUUCAGUAAAAUAUACUGCAGCGUUAUUAUUUUACAAGUGGUUUUGUUUGAUAAAGUCCAAGAUCUGCUUUUUUUUUUAAUUAGAGCAACAUUAAUUGAUUAUUUGUAUUUUGGAUCAAUGUUUAAUUAAAUAAACAAUAGUUUUAUACACCA